AUGGGUGUCAACAAUGACUUCCGAACAUGGGAUCCACAGAAGCCUCGGAGGGCGGAGGCCAUCUCUGGAGAAACUUGGGCAUCCUUUCGGGCAAUGAUAACUGACUGGCAUGCUCGAGGCCUGACAAAGAAGGAGAUUCUCGGGAAAUUAUCUGUCGAGCACAGCUUCUUCCCUUCUAAAAGCCAGCUUGUAGCCCGGAUGGGGCUUUGGGAUUUGCAUGUUCAUCGAAGGGCUCCUCUAGCCCUCGAUCAAAGCGACCUCUCUCUGGACGAUCUUUUUACCUCACCUGUCACCUCGGUACCACCAUCUCGACCCCCAAACAAGUCGGUGUACGAUUCUCGUCUACGUUCAUCGAAACUCACGCCUCAAUAUAUGCCAAAGUCUAUAAGUGCACCGACUGUGCUUACAUUUACGGACAAUGUACGGCCUUUCGAUCGUUUGACUGUGACAAGUUCUUCGACAUCUCUGUCUGCGCAAUUUCAGUCUCACCGUUACAAUGAAAUCUUUCACUCUAGAUGGGCACCUACGAAUCCAAAUGGGGUGGAUAUAUUUAUAGAUCACCUAAAUUCUCUUUUACAAUAUUUCCCCCAGCGACUACUCUUCCACGAUCGAUUUUUCGGAGCCGAGGCAAUCUGUACAAUGGAUCAACUGCGAGUGGAAAGACUGCUCAAGUUAGCAAGUUAUCUUUCUGCAGGCAACCUCCUGCGCGACUCUUUCGACACAUACCUGACCUGUUUUGCAACUACGGUCUUCUACUUCCCGACAGCUCUCUCAACUAGCGAGGAUGAUUUCCCAUAUGCGGACGAGCAAUUUGCUACUUGGUUAUUGCAGAGGAUUAGAGAAAUUACCAGACACUCUCAUAUUCUUGGGUUCCUCGUCACCUCCGCUGUCGGGUGCGUGCGUUCCUCGUGCACUCUAGAUGAUGCAAGUUGCGCUGGCAGGCUAUUGCGAAUAUUGAUGAGCAUUCUGAGCGAAGGUACUGGCAGAUUCUUAGCGCUGUUGACACUGCUUCACCACUAUCAUCGAGAUCUUGAACAAUUCUGGUCACCAAUUGGAUUUGAAUGGACCUCUACAUCUGCUUGUCAUCUUAUGCAAGAGAAUGUCGCCGAAGAUGUGUUCUCUACCCUGAUUCCAGAUGUCAAAGACAGAGAAUUGGUCUUCCUAUCUUCCAAGGAGCAAAUUGAAUUUGCGUUUCCCACAGACAACUUUUGGGUAGGCUCAAAACUUUUCGACAUUGCUCAUGAUAAAAUUGCCAGGCAGUUCAUCGGCAAUGCUUUUAUAAGAUCAAAAGCCUUUGACCUGCUCGGCUGGUGCAAAAUUACCUUCGUCUCAAAGCAAAGGUCGAUCGAGGAGAGACUGGUGGAAGUACAGGACAUGAAAUUGGAGUACGAGGAAUUUCAAGACAUAGCCUCGCAGUUACUUUUCUGGUGCUUCAUACACGAGAAAACAUGCAGCAAUGGGAGCCCACCACUUGAUGAGUCGGCCUAUGCCUCGUCAAGCUUCUCACGGUUUGGUAUCAACAUCCCAGACGCGUUUGCUGUUGUUGCAAUCUCUGUAACCAAAAAGGCUCAAUGGCCGAAGACUUUUAAAGAUCUAGCUUCUGGCACCCUUCAGCCAUCAACGCUUCUUACUUGGCUUCUAAAGAGACUCCAGAUGCUGAUGACCGAAGACGGUAUUUUGGAAUUCAUUUACCGAUAUUUCAGACGAAUGUUGCGCCACCAGUCCGGGGGUGUCAGCAAUCUGCUACCCAGUGCUACUUCUACGGGCAGAAGAUUCGCUCACAUGAUGGCCGAGCACUUGUUCGGUAAUAUUGAUGCUAGCUGCGUCCCUACGACCGCCAAUGCUUGUACCAAUGAAGCGAAUCAUGCUAGAAGAUUCGAGGUACCCGACGGCAACGACAAGGUUGCAGGCUUCGCUUGCGGCGAUAGUCGACCCUGGGAUCGCCUCUUCAUCCUCUUCGAUGAGUGGGGAGCAACGAGAGUUUCGCUCCUUAGCUCAGCAGUUACAGCAAAAGACAUGGCCAUUCUGGCGGACCCUGACCAGUGGGGAGACUGA